UCUGACUGGACUGGUGCAACUUAUCAAGAUCGACGCUAUGCAAUUAAAUAUCAGUCAACCUUUGGAAGUAUGCAGCAAUAUGCAUAUUACCAUGAGGAAGACGAGUCGACCUUCCAGCACGUGUUCAAAACAAAUGUGCCCAAACCUCUCUACCAGCGCGGUCGAUACAUGCGCAAUCAGCGUAACAUGAAAAACCAGAGAAACCAGAAGGGCCCCCAGAUGCAAGUUCUUGGCAAAGGAAACAAAAGAGAGUUAGUACGAAAGAAAAAUUUCAGUUUUGGUUUCCAGAAAAAGAAGCAGCAACAGCAGCAUCGCAACCGAUGGAACCGCGGUGGACAUCCCCCCAUCAAGAACCGCGACGCCUCAGUCACCGUACGGCCAGGUUGGAAGGUCAUCGAGGAAAUGGACUUCCCUCGCCUCUCCAAGCUCUCCCUGCCCAAUGUGGAUGACCCUAAGGACCUGUACCUUUGUGGCUCCCUUGAAUGUUAUGACAAGACAUAUGACAGAGUGACUGUCAAGAACGAGAAGAAGUUGACUCGCAUUAACCGCAUCUUCCACAAGGUCACAACCACAGAUGACCCAGUCAUCCGUCAGCUGACCAAGACUGAGAACUGCAAUGUGUAUGCCACUGACGCAAUCCUUUCCACCAUAAUGUGCUGCACAAGAUCCAGUAACUCAUGGGACGUUGUUGUACAGAAAAUUGCUGGCAAGCUCUUCUUUGAUAAGCGAGAUGAUUCUGAAUUUGAUCUGCUCACGGUGAGUGAGACCUCAAGCGAGCCCCCUCAGGAGGAAGGGAACUCCCUCAACUCCCCGCGCAACCUCUCCCUGGAGGCCACCUUCAUCAACCAUAAUUUCUCGCAGCAGGUUCUGAGAAACGACGGAAACAGGUACAAGUUCGAGCACGAGAAUCCCUUCUUAGAUGAGGAUGAGGAGGAUGAGGUGGCCCCUGUGGGAUACCGCUACAGGAAGUGGAACCUGGGCAAUGACAUCAGCCUGGUGGCACGCACAGAGCAUGACUCUUUCCAGGGUGGUGGAAACGACGUGCAGUUCAUCAAUAUCAAGGCAUUGAAUGAGUGGGACUCCAAGUACUCAGGAGGAGUAGACUGGCGUCAAAAGUUGGACACUCAGCGUGGUGCUGUGUUGGCCAACGAGCUAAAGAAUAAUGCCUGUAAACUUGCAAAAUGGACUGUGCAGGCUAUCUUGGCAGGCUCUGACCAGAUCAAGUUCGGCUAUGUGUCUCGUGUGAAUGUGCGUGAUUCAACCAAGCACAUGAUCCUGGGGACACAGCAGUUCAAGCCCAUGGAGUUUGCCAACCAGAUCAACCUCAACAUGGAUAACGCCUGGGGUAUUUUGCGCUGCAUCAUUGAUAUGUGCAUGAAACUGCCUGAUGGCAAGUACCUCAUCAUGAAGGAUCCUAACAAGGCUAUGAUUCGUCUCUAUGACAUCCCAGACAACACCUUCGAGUCAGAUGAAGAAGAAAACGAGAAACAAGGUGACGGUGAGGGUGAUGAGUAGACCAUGAACUCUAUAGGGGUGUCUCAUUUGAGCCACUGCAGUUCCUCCUCCAUUGCCACAGAAAAAGCAAUUGUGUCCAGCACUGACGAUAGAGAUCAACAUGUCUGGCUGUUCUGUUUGGUAUAUUUUAUGCUGUAUUUCAUAUUAUGGUGCAAGUCCUUCAAAAGAUGCAUUUUUUUUUUUUCUUUUCUUUUUUUUAUAUAAUGUUUAAAAACUCUCACUAAAUAUUAAUAAAGGAACUGCUUGGUU